UGGACCGGUCGCAUGCUGUUGUCAACUAUUUCAUAAAAUCUCCACCUUGCCAAAACACCACGAAUACGGUGGAAAUAUGGCAACUCGGAGGCUGCUGUCAACCACAAUCUCCCGUCUUCUUGAGACAACCGCGACCAUCAUUUGAACAUGGAAUUAAGGAUGCAAGAGAAUAAACGGAGUGAAAAGCUUUUGAGAGAGAAAGUGAAAACGUUCGGAUCCUCGCAUUGUAUUUCAGCAGCAGACUGACUGCAUUGCCGACAGCCAUACAUAAUCGGUGAACAUUGGCGUAUUAUCUUUUAGUUAUAUUGAAUUUGAACGUUCUGCUUUACAAACGGUCUGAGAGGGAAACACCGCUAUAUAUCAAUUUCUUCAUGUCAUCGUCUAAUUGAAUAGGAGAAAAACAAUGAGUGAACAGAGUAUCUGCCAAGCCCGCGCCUCUGUCAUGGUGUAUGAUGACGCCAGUAAGAAGUGGGUUCCAAUCAAGCCGGGCCAGCAGGGCUUCAGCCGGAUCAACAUCUACCACAACACGGCCAACAACACCUUCCGUGUGGUCGGGGUCAAACUACAGGACCAGCAGGUGGUGAUCAACUACUCCAUAGUGAAGGGGCUGAAGUAUAACCAGGCCACGCCCACCUUUCACCAGUGGCGCGAUGCCAGGCAGGUGUACGGCCUCAACUUCGCCAGCAAAGAGGAGGCCACCACCUUCUCCAACGCCAUGAUGUUCGCCCUCAACACGCUCAGCUCGCAAGACGGAGGCCCUGCUGUCCAACGCCAAAAUGGGCCCUCCUCAGACGACCCCGAUGCACAGAGGAGACAAAUGAUGGAGCCGCAUCAGAUGCAGGGAGUGACCCACAAAGAGAGGGAGCGACGGACGUCUGGCUCAGUUGUUUCCACCCUCCAGUAUAAGGUGUCCUCCCCUCCCUCUCACCCCUCUAACACCCCUCCUGAGUAUAGACACUACCGGGCCGCCACACUGCCGCCCUCCUACGCCCGAGUGGCCUCCAACUCCUCCCCUUCCUCCCAGGAGAGAGAGGUGGCGGGCGGACGGGCUGGUGACAACUCCGCCCAGCUCUCCACCUCCCUGGCCUCGGCCCUCUCCCCUGUCCAUUCAGGGGUGCCCACGGCCCUGACCCGGCAGGUGCGCCAGAUCCCCCUCUCUCCCCCCACGGCGCGGGCCCUCCACCAGGGUGACCCCCGGCAGGACCCUGUGCUGCCCCCCAAACACAGCACCUGGUCCGCCUCCCAUGCCCACAUUUACGGCCCCGUGCCCUCCACGCCCCCCGUGGUGGGCAUGAUGCCCGUGCACAUGCCCCCCGUGCCCCAGCCUGUCCUCCCAGUGGCCCUCCCUCUGCCGCCCCACCACCUGGACCUGGCCGGCCAACCCCACAUCCCGCCCCACCCCCACCCCCACGCCAAUGGCCUAUCAGAGGAUUAUUAUGACCUCACUCAGCAGCAGCAACAACAGCAGCAGCUAGGUUACUGUGAGGCUACUUCCUUGCCCCCUCUGAUUGGUCAGUCUGCCCAGGGCCCCGUCCCUGUCUCCUCCAACCAACCCCAGUACCCCUCCUCCUUCCACCACCCCCAGGCCGCGCCCCCACCACCACCACCAGCAGCCCAAUUCUUUCCCCCCUCAUACACCACAGCCCCAUCAGAGGGGAGCUCACCCAAGCAGACGCCCUCUCCCAACUCUCAGGCUGCCACGGCCAGCUGCAGUCCGGUUUCUCUCCCCACCAUGCUCGCUGUGGCCCCACCGGUGGCCCCACCCAUGCCUAUGGCCCCCCCUGCCCCUAUGGCACCCAUGGCCCCCCCUCCUCCACCGGGCCCCCCGCCUCCGGCCACGGUGCCACCGCCCAUGCCCCCCCCACUACCGGUUGGUGGAGGGCCCGGGGGGCCUCCGAUAGAGGGGGCAGGGAACGAGCUAGCGCAGCCACUCUCAGGACUGGCUGCCGCCCUGGCUGGAGCCAAACUCCGCAAAGUUGCAAGGGAUGAGAACAGUCCGCCAGGAACAGGUGGAGCCAAGAACGACGGCAACCGCUCCAGUGGAGGUAGUGGUGGUGGAGGGGAGGGGCUGAUGCAGGAAAUGAACGCCCUUCUAGCACGCAGACGGAAAGCCUCCGAGAAACCUGAAGAGGAGGAUCCCAAGCCAGGGCAGAACUCCACAGAUGCAGGGAAGAAUCCAUGGGACCGAGCCAACUCUGUAGACAAGGCCUCACUGGUAUCAAGGGUGCGACCAGUGGGCUGCACUAGUGAGGGAGAUCUAGACUUUGACAGAAUGAAGCAGGAAAUCUUGGAUGAAGUUGUACGUGAAUUGCAGAAGGUGAAAGAUGAGAUCAUUAAUGCCAUUAGACAAGAAAUUGGUCGAAUCCAUACCUCUUAAUCUGUGGACAGCAGGAUGUGCUGGAAGUACGAAGGAUAAGAAGAUGUGGUCGGAAGGAAUGUUCUCAACGUUUCUGUGACGCUAUGAAAAUAUUGCUGUGACGCUGCAGAAAGGUUGAGCCAACAUUGAGUCUGCUGUGCAGAACGGAGAGGUGGAGAAAGAAAAAAAAGUCAGAGAAAGAAAGAGAAUGAGAGAGAAAAGAUUGGUUAAAUCAACAAAGGAUGUGCGGACGGAAGGAUGGACGGACGGAAGGAUGGACGGACGUUUGCACCGUUUUCCGUUUUUUUCCUCUGUGCAUUUCGAGACUCAGUCCAGCUCUCAGUCUGUUCGAAGUCUUACAAAAUAAAAUAUUUUUGUUUUCUAAGUUACUGUUUUUAUUUAUUUUAUUUUAUUAAUUUUAAUUUUUUUAACUGUGAUUAUUUUAUUAUUCGUACUAUUAUAGAGCGAGAGAGACAAAAGGCAAAACUGUUGUUCUACAUUGGUGGGUCCUGGAGGAAACUUGUACACCAAUUACAAUAUAUCAGCCUUUUAUAUUUUAUAUGAUUUACUUUACCCUUGGGUGUUUGACCAGCACAUAUGGCACAUACUGUGCUUUAGUCACCUGACCUCAGUUUUUAAAAAGCUUUUUAUCUAUUUACCAGUAACAGGGCAGUGUUCAUUGGGCCCGAAAUGGAAGAAAACUGAUCAACAGGGAGGGACUACCUGGACCUGUCCAAUAAGAAAUACACAUUUCCAUUCUCCAUUGCAAAUGGUUUUGAAAAUAUUUUCCAUUUUGUGCCAUAAUGAACACAAUCCCGGUGUAUGAAAUCACUGUAAUUUGGGGAUCAUUCACAAAACGUACCCACAACUGUAAAUUCACCACCUAUGUUUUCCCAAAAUAGAUGAACUGAUCCCUUGGCUGCCCCUACGAAACCCAGAGGAACUAUACAGUAUAGUCUAUAUCAGUGGUGUCAAACGAGGUCCGGAGGACCGCACUGAAAAUUGGUUAAAUUUCCUUGCUGUCAAAAUUUGCUACAAAAAAUGGUCUAUCCAUCAUUUUGGGAAUUUGAUACUCACUGACUGUCUAGCUUUCAUUUAGGUGAUUAUUAGCGAGUUGGACACCGUCAAGAAACUGUAUGAAUGUAGGUCCAUUUUCAUUUUUACACAGUUUGGUUUUAGUCAUUUUAAAGUAUAUUGAGUUGGCCCCCCAAGAAAAAAAAAUAAUUGCUAAAUAAUUAUUUGUUUUAACUCAAACCACCCACGGGCCAGAUCGGACCCCCUCAUGGGAUUGGAACCCCUAUGUUUGACACCCCUGGUAUAUAUGGUUUGGUCCGGUGUAUUAACCAUGCAUGAAUCUAAUCUUUAUGAAUUUUUUUAUUGGGUUUCAAAAAUGGUGGUACAUUUACAAUGGUGGUUAGUUUUUGUGAAUAUCUACCUUGCUAUUUAAAGUAACUGUCCAGUGUUUCCAGAUUGAUUAAAUAUUACCUAUAAUGAAUUACAAUAUGAGUGAAAUACUUAAAUUACAAUCUUUUGGAAGGAAAGGCAUGUUAAAAAGCAGCUUUUCUAUAUUGAAAGGUGUGGGCAUACCCCCAACAGAAUGGUGUGGGCAUAUACUGGUCAUUAAAAAUAUUCAUGCGAGUAGACUGCUGAUUGGCCAGCUCAGCCAAUGAGGCAGGGUGACAUCAUUCGCUAUGAGGAAAUAGCAAGCAUUUUUGAAUCGGUCUGUUUGAGAUACAAGUUUGAGGUGGGGUUUUUGAAGUGUUUUUUUCUCAAAAUUAUGCUUUGGCCACAAAGACGAGUAUAGGAUGAGUCAUCAACAUUAUUUGGAUAUGAUUUAACAGAAUAUGAAGUUUUAAAAGUGACAUUUUCACUGGACAGUUACUUUAAGGUUGAACUUGAAUUUGAUAUGUGAAAAUGGGAGUCAGUUGCUCUUGCAAAUUAAAAGUAUACAUGAAUCAGUGCAAACGUUUUUUGUGAUGAUAGGAAAAAAAAUAUUGGGAGAAAAUAUUUGAUUGAAUAUCGGUUGUGACAUUAACUUUGACUAAGUUCUGAAUUAAAUUUCAAAACAGAAAGUAAAUUAAUUUAAACCAAACCAUA